AUGGUAACAAGUAACAUUGGAUUCAUUCUUAAUUUCAUAACAAUCGUCGUCAAUGUCUUUUCAUGCUUCAUUUCGUUUUUAAUUGUACUUGGAACUGUGCACCAUCUAAUUAAGAAUCGAUUGAAUAAAGAUGAUAAAAUCACCAUUAUUCUGGCUGCCAAUAUCUACUCAUUGAUCUUCUUCUAUACAAUCAUAUUGAUCUCAUUUAAUAUCCAAGCGAUAUUAGGAGAAUUGUAUGCGCAAGAUUUUAAUUCUUGGUGGUGCAUAUUUUUAGGAUACUUAGCUGCGGUAUUUCUAAGCACGAUCUACUGGAGUUUUGCUAAUCAGGCAUUCUUUCGUCUUUGUCGCAUUGUAUAUUCAACAAUUCAAUGGUUUCAAUACUAUUGGUUAUACAUCAUUAUUCCCCCUAUUGAAUUCAUUGUCCUGUGUCUUUUAUUUUGUCCACUUCUUCUCUGGCAUGAUAUCGUCUACAUAUCAACAGAAUACUACUGCAAUGUCCGAAAUAGAAACAUUCGUGGGGUUAUUUGGCUGCUAUCGGUCGGCUAUGGAGGUCCGCUGUUGUUCUUAUUUGCCAUUUAUAUCCGUAUUGCACAAUACCUUUAUCAACGAAGAAAUACUCAGACGUUGAUAGUUCGUCGGCGCCAACAGCGCGAGCUCAUUGUCGUCCGACGUAUAUUUAUAACUGUCACUUUUCUUAUCGUUCUUCAGAUACCACGUACAAUCCUUUUCAUUAUGCUGUUCAUAACGGGAGACGAAUACACUUACUUUGCGCGUGUUGAGUGGCUGUUUCUCGGUCUCUCUAUGAUUGGAUUAAGUUUGUCGAUGGCUUUUUCUACACCACAACUGAAAAAGAUUAUCGUGCAAGCGUGGCAUUUUAAUCGUAUCAUGCCAGCAAAUGCGCCGACUGCAGCUAUACGUACAGCACAUUUGUGA